AUGAGGGGCCAAAAAGGGGAACGAGCGAACGUCGGAUUUGAGUUAGGGACGGGGGUGGACAAAGGAGUCGAAAGAGCAAUUGGGAAGGGAUCCGGCGCGUGUUUUCACUCGGGCAUGAGAUUGCAGCGAUACGGGGACGAAUUGAGGCUUAUGUGCAAGCCAGGAGGCCCUGCAGAGGGUCGUAAGGUAAUCCGAGGCAGUAAACAAAACAGCCGACCGACUGCAGGAGAGGUCAGGAAGUUGCGACACAAGCCAUCCAGGAGAGGCUCGGGAAGUGGAUUCACAGGCAGCAGCAAGAGCAAGAGCCAGAAGAAGAAGAAGAGAAGGAGGGGAAAAGAGAUUGACGAAGCCAAGGGUAAAAGCGAGGGAAAGGGUGUGGAUGGCCAGCCCGCAGACACGCAGCGACGGGCGAAAAGACUAGUUUGGAGGCCAACCAGUUCGUGA